AGAGCAGCAACAGUGACAGGACAAGCCGGCCGGACCGUUAGAUACAUCCUACCUCGUCUUCCCCCUCUCGGUGCUAAUUCCUGCCUUUACUAAGUCGCCUAAUGCUCUCUUUCGGUUUAACAAUAGUCCGACACGGUGAGACGCAGUAUAACAAGGAUGGGCUACUUCAAGGCCAGGGGAUAGACUCACCUCUGUCUGAAACUGGGAUACAGCAAUCAGAAGCUGCUGGCCAGUACCUUCAAGAUGUCCGUUUCACUAAUGUGUUUGUCAGUGACAUGAAACGUGCCAAGCAGACUGCUGAAAUUAUUGUUAGGAAAAAUAAUACUUGCAGUGACUUAGCCCUCGUGAUUGAUCCUUUGCUUAAAGAAAGGAGCUUUGGCAUUGCUGAAGGAGGCAGAGUAGAGGAUAUGAAGAAAAUGGCUGAAGCAGCAGGCCAGCCAAUCCCGGAGUACACUCCUCCACACGGAGAGACCAUGGAACAGGUGAAAGUACGGAUCAACACCUUUCUUAAAUCCAUGUUCCAGCUAAUGGCUGACCACCAUCGAGGCAAAAUAAGGUGGGGUGAGGAAACCCAACGGGCUGAAAUUGAUGGUCCUCUGGCUGGUUUCCCAGACGAUGGUGUCCUCAGAGUGCCUGCUCAUGCCCUUGUGGUGAGCCAUGGUGCCUACAUGCGGGUAGCGGUGCGCUAUUUCAUUGAGGACCUUGGGUGUUCUGUGCCACUUGGGUCGGACAUGAUUCAGGUGUUUUCUGCUUGCUCGAACACAGGAAUGUGCCGGUUCAUUGUAACAUUGAAAUGUAGCAGUGCAGUGUUACUCUCCGAUAUGAAGUGUCUGUUUGUCAACCGCAUAGACCACAUCAAGGCUAAGGACAGCUAAGUGGAAGCAGAAGAUUGGAUAGGAUUAGAAUGUUUACAAGUCCUUUUUAUUUCAUUUUAAAAAAUGCAGUAUUUAAGCACUGUUGUCUGUAUGAAUCUUCCAAAGCUGUGUACUGGUGGAAAAACCUCAAAACCAGAAAGAUUCACACAGAGGUUUGUUCUCCUUGUUACAGAAUCUAUUGUUUGGUUUGAAACUAGUGUAUUUUGACCACUGAAAGGAAAUAUUUCAAAGCAUAGUCUUGAGAGCAUUGGACAAUGUUAUUAUUGGAAUCUAUCACUAAAAUGUGCACUAAUGUCUAAAAUAAUGUUUUAUUCCUCUUUAAAAUGUAAUGGUAUUUUUUAGUGCACAAAACCCAAAACCUUUUGUUUGUUAUAUACAAAAGGAAUCACAGUAUCAGAAUCCUGACAUUGAAUGCAGCCCCACCCAAUAGAGAAUGAACAAAUGGCAACCCUAUGAGAAACAUUGUUAGGCUAAUGAAGUCAAAGCCACAUUUAUUUAGAUUGCGCUUGCGUUUUACAACAGACUUUGUAAGCUGAUGGUUUUGUUUGGUUUGGCUUGUCCUUGGCUCAGCCUGUGCUAAUACCAGUUAUGGUCUCUUAACCCAUGCCAGACUACUUGGUUCUGAUAGUUGUUAAGUAAGUUUUAUUGACCCGAAGGCCCCAACUGUUCCUGCCAAAGAGCUUUGACCUUUGUUCCAGAAAAAGCUUUUCACCUUCGUUGUUUGAAAUAUGAUGUCAUCAUUGUGGUCUCUCUUGACACAUUCAUACCUUUGUAAAAUAUCUGUUCAUUUAAUGGACACCCCUGCAACUGCUGCUUUUAAGCUGUGAUCUAGUCCAUCAAAAUAUAUUUGGUGUUGUUUAUUAUUUUAUCUGUCUAUGUCUGUAUGGUGUCUUGUCACUGAAAAAAAAGAAAAUUGGUGGUCCUCAAGCUUAAACGCUCCAAAAUUAUAUCUCUGGUAAAACAUGGGUCAGAAGUUCUGGCAGUGCAGUGUGAUCAUAACAUUUUAUUAUUCAAAGAGAUGUCACCAUACAAGCAGGCAACCCUGGCUCUGUCGAACUUUGUUUUGUUUCUGUAGUUAUUUCAGGAUGUAGAAUGUGAUAAGCACUGAUGAUUCACGAGAGAUUACACUUUGUGUAGAACUGAGAAAGUGAGGUCUCAAAGAUUUUGUGACUUCAAAGACUACAUUUCAUACUCAACAUGACUUUGUUACUACGUACUACUAAAAAUUACUAGCAUUAUACUCCCAUUCAAUAUUAUAUGGCAUGAAUACAACUCAUUUCACCAUAAAGCAUUUCUCUAAUCCGUUGGUGGAAAAGUCCUAGUGAGGUUAUUUCGGUAAACUUGCAUCAGCAAAAAUUUGGUGAGUUUUGAAUGUGUUCCUAAUGUGAACAUGCAAAAGGUACAUCCCUUCAUUUGCUUAGGCUCAGUGCCAGCUUCUUUGUAUAAUCAGAAAUGAGAACUUUCUCAUAUUAUCAUUACGUACACUGAAAUUCAGUCAAGGAUUUUUUUCUGUUUGUUUAA